CCGGAAGCAGAGCUGCUGUCACCCAAACAAACAACAUGCAAGCAACAUUUUGACGAUAAAGGCAUUACCUACCAUUAAUUUUCAAAUCGCUCGCUCUGGCGUUUGUGGGAGGGGGAGCUCCUGCUUGUUGCGUUGACGGCCGAAGAGACAGCGGCGCGAAGCAGCGAGUUAGCUAACCGUCAACUCAGCUGCGGCUAUGGGUUGAUUUUGGAGGAUGACAUCAAGAGGCCUCUGUUUGCAACCCUUCUGUGCAAGUCGAGAGAAGGCGACCGGUGGAAACUGACUGACUUCCACUGCGUUUGUACGAGUCGUUUUCAAGCCAGCCAUGGCUCGGGAGGAAGAGGAAGAGGGGCUGACGGCGGAUGGAGCCAAGGAGGUGGACAUGUUUACAUCAGUGCGCUGCCUGGGUUACCUGUCCAGCAUCAACCUCCUCGUGGCGGUAUGCGUUGGCAUGUACGUACGCUGGGAGGUGACGAGCGAGCCAAUGAUUCUAGUCAUCUUCAUCCUCGGCCUCUUUGUCCUGGGGAUAGCCAGCAUCCUCCAUUACUACUUUGCCAUGGAGAAAGCCAGCCUCAGCCUGUUCCAUUUGUGGUUUGGCUUCUUGCUCGGCCUUCUGUGCUUCCUCAACAGCCCCGCCUUGGAUUCUAAUGUCAAGGAACUGGUUGCCAACUAUCUCCUCUUAGCCAGCGUAGUCAUGAAAACAGUAUGGGCUGUAACUGAGCGAAUAUGCAGCUCCAUCCGUUACAAACCAACCUUGCUAACAUCAGCUGAGCUGCUAGAGCUCCUGGGAUUUGGCAUUGCCAGCACUACCAUGCUUCUCCACAAGUCAGUGGCCAUAAUAGGCUUGGUAGUGGCCCUGGGGGCUCUCAUUGUGGACCUGAGGAUGAAAUCCCUUCUGGCUUUGCCCAACCUGGCCAGUUUUGCCUUGGUUACCUCUCUUGUGUUUUUCCAGGCCUUGGACAUUACAGCCAACCCUUAUGCCUUAGGCUGCUACCUGGGCAGGCAGCUGUGUGAGCCAGUGCUGGAUGUGUACUUCAGUGGGCUGGGGUCCAGCGAGCGCUGGACACCAGUACUCUCCAUGGGGAAGGUGUGGAGGAGGCUGUCCCUGCUGCCUCUGAGUCUGACUGAGCUGGCCUUCUUUGUCCUGGCUGCCCUAAAGCUUGGUCGCUUGGAGCUGUGGUAUCUGGUGAUCCCAGGCUUCUGCCUGUUUGGCCUUUUCUGGUCCAUCUGCCACAUCAUUCUGCUGAUCACAAUAUGGGGCUUCCACACCAAGUUGAGUGAGUGUCAGAACGCUUGGCGGGCCCAGCGAUCCAGUAGCCGGAGUCUCGACCAAGUCAUGGCCUCCAGGGGCAUCCGACACUUCUGCCUCAUUUCAGAGCGUCUGGUGUUCUUUAGUAUGCUGUCAACGGUCAUACUGGGAGCUGUGUCCUGGCAGCCCUCCAACGGUCUCUUUCUCAGCGCUCUGCUGGUGGUGCUGCCUUUGGAGUCUCUCACCCACGGCUUGUUCCACGAGCUGGGCAGCUGCCUGGGGGGGACCUGUGUUGGCUACGCCCUGGUCAUACCUACUGCUUACUGCAGCGCUGACGGCCAGCCCACUCUCCUGCCACCUGAGCAGGUGCAGCAGCUGAACCUGCGCUCUACAGCCAUGCUGAACAACAUGCAGCGCCUCUUCUCCCACCACAUGAUCCAGACGUUCGGCUGCGACUACUCCACCAGCGGCGUCACGCUGGAGGCCCUGCAUACGAAGCUGCGCAACUUUCUGGAGCUGCGUACAGAAGACGGGCCCCGUCAUGACACCUAUCUGAUUUUCUACAGUGGGCACACACACAAAGGCACCGGCGCCUGGUCUCUGGCCGGAGGUGAGAGCCUCCACCUGGCCCAGUUGCUGGAGCUGUGGAAGGAGAAGAACGCCGGCCACUGCUCCCGUCUCAUCCUCGUCCUGGACACUGAAAACUCCCUCCCCUGGGUGAAGGAGGUGCGCAGGAUGGAGAGCGUCUAUGUAGCCGUGCAGGGGGCCGAGCUGUCCACCGCCAGCGUGGACCCAGAGGCCGGAGACACCCCCUUCCUCGGGGACUUCACCUCCGAGUGGGUGGAGUUCAACUGCAACCCAGACAGCGACACCCAGUGGUCAGACAAGGGAAGGACCGUGAUGGCCGUCUACGGCGUGUCCAAACGCUGGAGCGACUACACGCUCCACCUGCCCACUGGAAGUGACGUGGCCAAGCACUGGAAGACCCACUUUCCCAAGGCUACAUAUCCCAUGGUUCACCUCUCCAACUGGUGCUGCGGCCUCAACCUUUUCUGGUUGUGUAGCAUGUGUCUGCGCUGCUUCCGGAGGUGUAAACUGGCUUGGUUCCCCCCAGCUGUACUGGACACUGGGCAGGGCAUUAAACUGGUACACUCUUAAAAAAUGAGGGAAGUCGAUUUUGACUCUGGUAGUUUGUGUUUUAACAGCUGGGUAUGAAGUAUCUAUAGAUCUGUAAUACAAUAUUACCCAGAAUGAGGGAGUGAAAGGCCAAAUAAAAUAAACUCUUGCAUGCUUUUUAUGGUUAUCUCGAAAAAAUGAGAUAUCACAAUUAAAGCAGAUAAAACCAAGUAUAUAACUAUGUUUACUUAAAGAAGUGUGAGGGGAAGAAAGACCAAAUUGUGUACUUCUCUAUGUUUUUAUAUUCCGGGACUGUGCGUUCUUAUGUUUUUUAAUUCUAUUUUUUCAUUACAGCAUAAUUAUUUCUUUUGAAAGGCCUUUUUUUUUUAAACAACAUACAUUUUUACAGCAUCGUGCCUUAAAGUGCCUUGAAAAUGGAUUUGGGGGUCAGCUUUGAUAUGGAUGGAAAUGCAUGCAUGCACAUAUACCCUUCCCUUGCCUCUUAUUUAUAUCCAGAGGAUUAAGCUCACACUCGCAACAUGAACUGUGUUAGCGGGGAGCGUCUCCCUCAAGCCUUUCAACCGCACAGACAGAAAUUACGUUGCCGUGGGGAUGAACUGGGUGACCCUCAGUGACAGGACGGUCCAACCGAGAUGUCACCCUUGCUGUAGCAUCUUUUCCUCAUCACUUUCGAGCAGCUCAAAUACUCAUUUCUUCCUGGGUUUGACAAAGAAAGAUGUGUCGGCUGUGAGACACGUUUUGUGCCUCAUUCUGUUUAUCUACAUUUACAUUAAUUCAAGAAGAAGUAGUAAUUUUGCGCCGCACAAACACAGUAAAUUCGAGCUCAGUCGCUGUUGUCCUCAGCAUGCUGUGAAACAGUGACUUCAAAUGCAAAUCGACAAAUCAAGAAGAUGCGUUUUAUUGGUGCGCUGACCUGAGGAGGUUAUCUUCGCCAUCCUUUGUUUCCUACGUUAUGUGCUGUGUUGGAUCUCGUUCCCACACGUCCCUGGACUCUGGAGUGCUGCCUUAAAAGUUUUUGUUUCACUGUGAUGUUUCCAGUAGGUCAAGUGGUGUUUUCCACACGUAAUUCCCCAUGUGCCUCAUUUGAGUCAUGCUUGAAAAUGUCAAAAUUAAACCCAAUAAACUGA